UUCACAAAGUGUACUAUUGAUGCUAUUUCUCCCUUCUGCUAUUGAAAUAGCACAGUUGUAUAGUCGAACGUGUGAACAUCCUUUGCUAUUUGAUGUACUAUUGUGAAUGCUAUUCACCCAAUCAAUCAGCUGCUUAGCAGAAGUGAAAGUAAUACAAAAUAUAAAUAUAAACAUAAAAAUGCCUAGGAGGAGCGAAAAAAGUAAAAUAAUAGCAGCGAUUUGUCAAAAAUAUACACACGACAUCUUCAUUGUGGACGAGAGUGAUGAAGACGAGCAGGAAGAUAUCGAUGAAAGUUUCAGACUGAAUAUGCUGAUAUUGCUAAACAAUCGCCGAGGUGUCCAUUUAGGAAUUCCUAAGUCAAACCAAUGGAAGCUGAAUGUAUUGGAGCAUUUAGAUGAAAACAACACAAUACAGCUUCCGAUUGAACUUCAGCUUAAAAUCGUACUUUAUAGGUUGGGAUCUUCGGGUGAAGGACUUUCGAUCCGUAAAGUGGCAUCCUUAUUUGGUGUUGGAGAUGGCGGUACCAUUCAAAUCGUAACCAGGCGAGUUUUUUCAGCCAUACUCAAUUUAAAGGGUAGAUUUUUAUUCUGGCCCAAUGAAAGAGAGCGUUUAAAGCUGGUUGCAGCCACAGAAAAAGAAAUGCCUGGAUGUGUUGAAUUUGCACAAAUUGUGAUGGAUUAUUUUUCUUUUCUAUCUCUUUUCACUUACAGCUACAUCACUCCAGCAACCGCAACAAACGCCAAUGGCACUACUAGUCUCAUCUACCCCUCUGCCAACGGACAGGUGUAUCGCGUACAUCCGGCCACAACUGUGGCGAAUGUCCCGUCAGCGCAAGCGAAUAGCACGGCCAUUGGCAGCAUCAGCAACGCCAGCCACGCCAGCAACAACAGUAACAAUAACAGCGGCAUGGAUGUAGUGGACGGUCAUCACAGCGAAGGCGGUAAUGGAGGCAGGGAUAGCAACUCGUCAAGUGGAUUCUCGCAACGGCUACGUGAAUUGGCUGCGUCAGCGGGACUGUUAUCGCUGAAACCACGACAGCCGCUGAAGCCAGUCAUUAAAACGCGCGGCUCACCAGGUCCUGAAUUUCCGAAGAAGGUCACUUUCAGCGCCUUUGCCACGGUUCAAGUAGUGUAGGGAAGGCGGAAGAUGGCAAUUAAUAUAACUAAAAAUUAGGUGUGGCCAAUAGCGCUGACGAUCACAAUUUGCUUUGUUAUAUUAUUGUUGUUAUUUGUAAUUGUUUAUUUUUGUUUAUUGUAAUUUUAAAAAAUUCUAACUGAUGAAGAUGGCUACUUAAAUUACUUUAUGUACAUAUAUACAUAUAAACGCAGUUAGUAAGCAUAACAGAGUUGUUUUUGUUGUUGUUAUUUAUUUGAAUAUACUCAAAGGGGAAAAUAUGUAUAUAUAUGUAUAAAACCUGACCUCCUCAUAAAGAAUCAUUUACCGUUCAGAGUCAACUUAAAACUGUGGUCCGCCCCUUUUGUGGAACAACAUAAAGACGCCGCCACAAAUAGGAGAAGGAGCUCGGCCGAACACCUAACCGAAGUGUACUCGUACGCGCGAAUUAUUUAUUUAUUUUUAUAAAUCCUGACAAGCGUCAGGCUUGAAGAAGAUAGGUCAAAGGCAAUGCAGCAAAUGGCGCCGUAGUAGAUCACACUUGCAUAAACACACACACAUAUAUAUAAAUUAUAGCAUGAACUGAAUUUCGCGAUAAAAUGUAUAAUUUUUAUGGCAACAUAUGAGGAAUUUUUGAUUUUUUUGUUUUAAUUUUUGGCGCAACUAAUAAGUAUCAGAUAAAUGUAGGUAUGUAUUACCUAAAAAAUGCAAAUAUAAACAAAAAAAAUAUUUAGAUGCCAAGCAUAGCCAAAGUUGACUAAUCCUCUGCUAAUCUGGAGAUACCGACGGCAAAGUGUUAUCGGUAUAAUUAUGAAAAUUUAGAUAGCGGCUCGAAAACAAAAACUAAUGAAGCAAAUUAAAAAUUUAAGCUGUAAAUUUGUAUGCAAUUAUCUAAAGCGCUGCUAUAAUUUUGGUAUAACACAGUUCACAGCCAGAGCAACCCCGUACCGGAGCUGCCCGCAUCGGAGCGUAGAUUUAAAUAAUUUAAGUUAUCUUACAAAUAUAAAAAAAAAACUUAUUUCAAUUUUGGGCUUACGCUGUAUCAUAAAACAAACACUGGCGAGAAUUUGUACAGGAAUAUACAACUACACUGAAUGUAUAUAUAUGCAUAAGAUGCAAAAAUAUGUAUAUUAAAAAUUUCACAGAGGAAGAUAUGGAAGCGCGCGAUACU